AUGCAAAAUGGCGUGUCUCUUAACGUUGAUGCAAAUGCCAACGGUGACAUGAUGUCUAUGAGUCCACAACGAGCUAACCAGAAUCAGAUGAAGUUAAACGCUACUAACAUAAUUCGUAGAGGGAUGCCAGGAGGUAUGAUGAAUCCUCAAAUGCAAGGGAUUCCUGCUGGAAAUAGAAUGUUUAUGCAACCGAACAUGUUGGCUGCUCAAGCUCAAAUCGCCGCCCAAACUCAAAACGCACAACUUCCGAGUCAAUCACAACAACAAUCAGCAUCAAUUCCAGCACAGGCUAACCCUUCUUUGAAACGUAAUAACGAGGGAGUGAAUCAACCUUUAUCAUCGCCAACUAAGAGGCAGAGAAUUACACCUAAUGAUUCUGCUAAUUACAUACAAAAUGUUCAAGCUCAACGAUCUAACGCAGUGAAUCAGCAAGCUCAAAUGCCAAUUACACAACAAAGUAAUAUGAUAUUAACCACGCCCGUUGCGAACGCAAACAUUUCUUCCCCGGAACUUAAAUCUAAUAAUAAUAAUAACCGCCAGACUCCAAAUCUAAAUGGGAAAAAGAAUGCUCCAACCCCGCAAAUGCAAAUGAGACAGCCAGUAAAUCUUAAUAAUAAACCGAUAUCUCCACAUGGAAAUCUGCAAUCUUUGUCUGUUCAAAACUCGCAUGAUAUCCAGGAUCCUCAAUUAAUGAAUCAGGUUAAUCUUCCAAAUACGAACAUUCACAAUAAUACCUUAAAUGCAAUACCGAUCCAAAACGCGAUGAGUCAAGCUAUUCGACCUCCAAAUCUCACUGGUACUAAUAUUAUGCAAAAUUAUGGAAUGGGUGGAAUGGUUUCAUAUCCAAACAGAUUACUCAUGCAACAAGCAUUAAUGAGACCUAACGCUCCUGAUGCUCAAAAAAUUAAUCCUGGUGGUUUCCUUAAUAUGGAUCAAAGCACGAUAGAUAAAUUCAACAAACAACAACAGAAUAGAAAUGAAAAUAAAGUAGUAAAGAAUCAAAAACCAACGCCAUCUCAGACUCAACCACAGCAGCCUAGCGGCGGAUCUUCUAUUGCUGUAACCAAUCCACAACAGAUGGUAGGUUCAAACGGACAAGCUCAGUCACAACAACCUGCUCAGACUUCAGCGCCCGGAAUAAUGCCAUCUAUUGUUUCUCAACAAGAUUCUUCUCUCAAUAUGAAUAUGGAGGAACUUGAAAGUUUUGCUUCGUCUAUGAACUUUCCAAUGGAAGACCUUACUUCUUUAGAUAUACUCGGAAAUAGUGCUGGAGCAAAUGACAGUUCCAUUGAUCUUGGAGAUUUUAUUAAUUUCGAUAUUUUUGAGGAUCCUGGGUCUGCAAAUAAUGCAGGUCCAA